UGUCAAAUACCCUUAAGAGGAAAAACAAAACCCACAUCCUUUUUGUUUUGCUAUAUAUUGCAUAGUGAACAGAGGAGAACAGCAGCUAGUAACCAUGGGAGCUUUCUUUACCUUGUCGACCUCUGCUGCUGUCAUCCUCCUCGUAAUUCCUGGAGGUUUAUGUGUGGAAAUAAUUGGAGGAGAUGAAGUAAAACCACACUCAAGACCUUUUAUGGCCCUAAUCAUAAGAGAGAAAACAGAAGUUAUCUGUGGAGGAGCUUUGAUCAAGCCAAACUGGGUGUUAACAGCUGCCCACUGUCCUGUGGACAAAAACAAGGAUGAAGUUAUUCUUGGAGCUCAUUCAAGAACAAGAAGAGAAAAAGAAAAACAGGUUUUUAAGAUUGCAAAACUAAUUCGCUAUCCAUGCUACUGGCCCAAUCGUCAUGAUCAUGACCUUAUGCUGGUGCAGCUUAAUAGAAGAGCAAAACUUAAUAAAGCUGUGAAACCCAUUGACCUGCCUACCUCAGGUGAUGAUCCGAAGCCAGGAACUGUUUGUAGAGUAGCAGGAUGGGGACAAACUCAAAAUAAUCCCAGAAAGACUUCUGAUACCCUGAGGGAAGUCAACGUCACUAUCAUCAGCAGAGAAACUUGCAAUAGUGCAGAAUAUUAUGGGAACAAGCCUACUAUAACAGACGGGAUGAUAUGUGCAGGGUCUGAGAAAGGCAAAAGGGACUCAUGUCGGGGGGAUUCAGGUGGACCUUUAAUAUGUAAAAAUGUGAUGAGAGGCAUCACCUCUUUUGGGAAAAAAAAUAAGUGUGGUGCUAUUGGUGCCCCUGGUGUCUACACUCGCCUCACAAAGCAAUACAUUCAGUGGAUAAAGAAAACCAUAGGGGGAGACUUACAGACUGGCUUUUGAGCAAGCAAAUUCCUACUUUGUACUUGCAUAGCAAAAUCUAGUUUUGAAAUAUACUUUUAAAACAGGUUCAUCUUACUGGUAAUAAUGAUAUUCCCACACAGCUAUUCCCAUGCUGAAUUUCACUAGUUUGAUGUCCUUAUAGUUGUUAGUUGUUAUGUUUAGUUGGACUUCUGACUGCGGGAUAUAAGAACUAUUUCCUAACUUUCAUGUAUUUGAAACCUCUAUACUUCAUCCCUUCAUGUAAUCUGCAUUUAAUAAAGAAACAGCAAUAAAACCUA